AUGGAAAUUGUCGAUGAAAACUGGCAAACACCAAGACCCACCAUCAAAGAAAGAAUAUCCUUUAUGUUCAACAAGGAUCAUUUGAGCGACGUCAAAUUUGUUGUUUUUGACGGUGAUGGUGAAAACGAAAGUAGACAAAUGAUUCCAGCUCACAAGUUUAUUCUGGCGAUUAGCAGCCCUGUUUUUAAGGCCAUGUUUUACGGUAAACUGGUGGAGACUGGACACACUAUCGAACUGCCUGAUUGCGAUUACGAAAGUCUGUUUGAGUUGUUUCGCUACAUGUACAGCGAUGAAGUGAACUUAAGCGGAAGUAAUGUGAUGAAAGUGCUCUACUUAGCUAAGAAAUACAUGGUUCCUUCACUAGCUAAUAAGUGUGUGAAAUAUGUUUUUGGACAUUUAGAUGCAUCCAAUGUUUUCAACGUCCUGCCAUGUGCUCAAACAUAUGACGAGAAGAUACUGGUGGAUAAGUGCUGGAAAGUGAUCGACGAAGACGCGGAAGCAGCUAUGAAAUCGGAAAGCUUUGCGACGAUCGACAGGUCGUUACUUGAAGCUGUGGUGGAACGAAAUACUUUAGACAUCGCCGAGCUGGAAUUGUUCAAUAGGGUCAUAGAAUGGGCAACAAAGAAAUUCGAAGAACAAGGCAUAGUGGCAGACGGGCAACAGAAAAGGAGACUUCUUGGAGAACGAGUCAUAAAAUCAAUACAUUUUCCAAUAAUGACAGAAGAAGAAUUUUCAUUUGUCCUCAGAAGCGGAAUUCUUAGACUAGGUGAAGUCAUUUUCAAAGCGGACAUAAAUUCGGUAGAAAAUCGUCCGGUAGGAUUCCCAAAGACUAAAAGAUCCAGCCGUUUUAAACGUUGCCUUAGGUAUAAUUCUUCCGUGACCUUUGAUGUGAUUCGCAGUAGCAGCCCAUCACCUCUGACUUUUACUGUGGAUUGCGAGAUACAGCUUCACGGAGUGUACUUGUUUGGGGAAAAGGACAGCUCUCAUUUACUUACUCUUUAUCUCGAGACAGACCGAGAUGGCGUUCUUGCCUCCACAGGGGGAACAUUUGUAUCAAAGCUCCACAGGUCAUGUGAAUGUUACGGUUUUGAGGUUUGGUUUGAAGAACCAGUAUCUUUGCAAAAAGGAUCAAAAUACCGCACACAUGUUGUAGCAGAUCAUCCAUUAUAUAACACCAAUACUUGCGGUCUUGUUCAAUGCAGUUCCGGUGUUACUUUUACCUUCUUUCUUUCCUUGAAUCAAAGUCCUAUUGCUGAAUUCAUUUUCAGCCUUAAUUGUGAGUGA